AUGCAGCAAGCGGGACAGGACAAGGAGAAAGAGGAACAACUGAAGGCCACUGAGCUUCAGGUGAAAUUGAGGCACGAUCCUCGCCGUAAAUCAUAUUCGGUGGUUGCGCCAGGAACGCCGUUGCACGAGAUCGACUUGUCCGAAAUCCCUUUCCUUCAACACGCUCAAGCACACAGCGAAAACGACAAAGCCAACCGCAAAGGCGCGUUCAAGCGCACGAAACGCGUCGUGAAAACUAGACGCUUCCUCUUACCCCUAUUUCUCAGCAUUGGGUUUGCAUUGGCAUCUAUAAUACUCGCCCCUCUCCCAAAUGGACUGGCUGAUCUGCCUGACUUUGAUCUAUCCGGUCUGGGCGCUCAGUGGGAGUACCUCUUCGAUGACCUCACCACACGCAUCAGUGAUGCUAAGCUCUGGUUCAGCUCGCGCGGUUUCAAAACUGGUUUGGCAGCUGCUGAAGAUGGCCUUACUGCUAACAGCCCUUUGAUGCUCUUCCCGGGUGUAAUCACUACCGGUCUCGAGUCCUGGUCAACAGAUGCAGGCAGCCUGGCGAGUUUCAGACAGCGGAUCUGGGGUACACAUACCAUGUUUAAGAGUAUUUUCGCGGAUAAAAAUGAGUGGAUUAGACAAAUUUCUCUCGAUUGCGACACUGGUUUAGAUCCUGCUGGUGUACGCGUCAGACCUGCGCAAGGUCUCGAUGCGGCGAGUAUGUUCAUGCAAGGAUACUGGGUCUGGAGACCCAUUAUAGAGAAUCUGGCAUGCAUCAAUUACGAUACAAAUAAUCUCGAAAUGGCUGCAUAUGACUGGAGACUUGCUUACACGAAUCUCGAAAACCGCGACAGCUACUUCACGCGAGUAAAGAGUCGCAUAGAGCUGAACAAAAAGAUACACGGCAAAAAGACAAUUCUCGCUUCACAUUCGAUGGGUGGCACAGUUUUGCUUUACUUCUUCAAAUGGGUAGAAGCGGAAGGAUAUGGCGGGGGUGGUGAUCGAUGGGUAGAGGAUCACAUAGAGUCUCUAAUAAACAUAUCCGGCACACUACUCGGUGUGCCCAAGGCUAUGACAGCACUCCUUUCGGGUGAGAUGAAAGACACUGUGGAGCUGAAUCCCGCUGGGGCAUACGCUCUCGAGAAGUUCUUCAGCAAGGAGGAGCGCGCUGAUCUCUUCCGCUCGUGGUUUGGUAUAGCGGGUAUGUGGAUGAAGGGGGGUGAUGCAGUGUGGGGUGACGAGAACAGUGCGCCUGACGAUCCAGCCAACACGACAGACACGUAUGGCCGCUUUUUAUCUAUACGCGACAACCACGCCGCUAACAACACUCGCACCAACUACACCAUGUCCGAAUCUAAUCCUUACAUACUAAGCAAUACGCCUCAAGUUUGGCAGAAGAUGAUGCAGACCAACUAUUCAUACGGUAUUGAGAUCGAUGAGGAAAAGCUUGAUGCAAACAACAAUGAUCCUACUAAAUGGUCAAAUCCCCUCGAAACGCGUCUCCCAAAUGCGCCGUCGAUGUCCAUCUACUGUGUUUACGGUGUGGGUAAACCAACAGAACGUUCAUACUAUUACAGCGAAGGACCCAAGACGCAUCAGCAGCUUCAGUCUGAUCUCGAGGUGGGACGAUGUGAGGCGGAAAAUUGCACUGUUACGCAUGAAUCGCAAGAAGAUUUGCCAUUAACGUCUCAACACGCCAUCGAAAAUGACUUUAGCACUGACAGUACUACGCCUAGUGUAUCGAAUGGCGUCAAAUUUGGUCAAGGCGAUGGCACAGUGUCGCUUACAUCUCUAGGUGCAAUGUGUGCGGAAGGUUGGAGGCGCGAAGAUAGACGCUACAACCCAGGCAACAGCCGGAUAGUUACGUAUGAAGUGGAACAUCAGCCUGAUAGUCUCGAUCUUAGAGGUGGGGAUAACACAGGCGACCAUGUCGAUAUACUCGGCUCAACUCCCCUGAAUCAAAUCAUUCUCAAAAUCGCUGCUGGUCAUGGCGACGAUGUGCAAGAUCACAUCGUUAGCAAUAUAAAACAGAUUAGCGAGCGGAUUGAUUGGGAUUUGAAGAGGAGUCAGGAUGUCUUGUAA